GGUGUUGACGAAGGGAAUAGGCAUGGCCAGACCAUAGAGUAGCGCGUUUUUUAUUUUGAGGGGUGCCCCUGGCUUUCUCGGGAGUCAGACUGUCAGUCCCGAGGACGGACCCGGGGCCUUAGGAUGGCGGGGCUGGACAGGCAGGGCGCGCGCUCGUCGCCUUUGGGCUGACCAACCCCGCAAGCUACCGGCGCCCGGGAGUGACACCCAGGCUGCGGUCUGCCGGGACCCUCUUGGCAAGGAGAAUUCAGAAAGAUACAAAAGUCAGUCUACCCAGAGAUUAUUAGAUGUUGAAUUUCAGGCCGUGGAAUAACGUUUAUUAAGCCAGCAAGGUGACUUCCUGUCAGUUUUAGACUCGCGCCCUGACUAGGGAACAACCUGCAGUGGUUGCAGCGUCCGCAGGACACUCUCCCUUUAUGUUCUCUUUAAACUUGGAGGUUGUACUUGAUCCUUGGUACCCGUGACUAUGAGUAAUUCUCUGGAAAGAAAUAAUCCACCUGCUAAUUAUGCUCAGAAAAGGCCACAGGAGAGGAAGGCAGGAAGUUUCCACAAACCAUAGCGUGCUUUCGUCAGCCUUGUUAUUAUGUCAUCAUAGGUUAUUAAGGACUCCUGUGGUACAGUAUUCAAAAAACAAGAUCACUUCGUUUUGAACCUUAAGUCAUUAAAUUAUAUUUUCAAAAAAGUGUUGAAUUCUGAGUUAAAACAUCUUUAAACUUAAGUUGGGAAGAAUAUUUUAGUGACUACUGGAUAUUAGAAAUGGCUACUCCCCAGUCGGUUUUCAUCUUUGCCAUAUGCAUUUUAAUGAUAACAGAAAUAAUUCUGGCCUCAAAAAGUUACUAUGAUAUUUUAGGUGUGCCAAAAUUGGCAUCAGAGCGCCAAAUCAAGAAGGCCUUUCACAGAUUAGCCAUGAAGUACCACCCUGACAAAAAUAAGAGCCCUGAUGCUGAAGCAAAAUUCAGGGAGAUUGCAGAAGCAUAUGAAACACUCUCAGAUGCUAAUAGGCGAAAAGAGUAUGAUACACUUGGACACAGUGCUUUUACUAAUGGUAAAGGACAAAGAGGUAGUGAAAGUCCUUUCGAGCAGUCAUUUAACUUCAAUUUUGAUGACUUAUUUAAAGACUUUGGUUUUUUUGGUCAAAACCAGAACACACGAUCUAAGAAGCAUUUUGAAAAUCACUUCCAGACACGCCAGGAUGGUUCCAGUAGACAAAGGCAUCAUUUCCAGGAGUUUUCUUUUGGAGGUGGACUUUUUGAUGACAUGUUUGAAGAUAUGGAGAAAAUGUUUUCUUUUAGUGACUUUGACACCACCAAUCGUCAUACAGUACAGACUGAAAAUAGAUUCCACGGAUCUAGUAAGCACUGCAGGACUGUCACUCAACGAAGAGGAAAUAUGGUUACUACAUACACUGACUGUUCUGGACAGUAGCUCAUUCUUUUUCUGUUCUCACUAAACCCAACUAGUGGACUCUUCCUCAGUAUCUUUGAUGCAAAACAAUUUUCUGUGACCUAUUUUUGACAAGUGCAUGAUUUUACUUAUUUUAAACAACUUGAUAUAGCUAUUAAGUUUAUUUAAAUUGUUUUUGAAAAAUUCAGCAAUACUCAGCUAGCAGAGAGAUGGCUAAUUAUUAAUUUCCCUGAUUAGGAAAGGUGCGCAUGUGUGUUUUAAAUGACAUUAUAAAUAUCUGCCUGUUUUUUUUCCUCUUCCUGUCCUUGAGCUCAUUAAUGUGGUCAGUUUUAUUACCAAGAAAAGAUUGAGUUUGCCUGAUACAUAUUUAAAGAUUAAACUUUAAAAGUUAUUGUAGAUUUCAAUUGUGUGAACUUGAAUGAUUAUUGCAGUGAAACCUUUACUAAUUCAAAAUUGCAUGUUCUGUAGCCAUCUCUGACUUGGAUUACUAAAUGUACGUGAAACUAUAAUCAUUUAGCAAAGGAGAGCAGUAUUGUGAUUAAUUGCCACUGAAAGACUUAGAAAUCCAGAGAGAUUAUUUAAAUUCUUUUGAUUUGUUCUACUUAAAUUUAUUUAAAGUUAGACAAGUCAAGGGAUGGUUUGAUAUUUACUACAGCACCAUGCCUCUUUACAGUGAAACUGUGAUAUAUAAUUGUAUUGUUCCUAGUCAUUUAGGCUGAAAGACAGUUGGAAUUUUAUGGAAUAUUGCCAAGAGAUUGUUACAUUUGGUCCCUGGCUAAUACCUUUGUAGUGUUGAAAUCAUAGCUACUUUAUACAUCUUUUCACGUAUCUUUCUUAGUUGUUGGCACUCUAGAUCUUAAUAUGGAUUUACGUAUUUUGUUUUGUGGUUCCUCUUCUUUGCAUUUAUCUUUAUCUAGAGAUCGACUAUUACCUCAUUCUGUUUGUAAAAACAGCUGGUAAUUUCAGUGCAACCUUAUUAUGUGCAAUAUUUUUAAAUCCUAAGAAAUGUGUGCUUUUAUUUUCAGAUAGCCUUGUUUCUUUAGUUCUGCACUUUUCCUUGUUUUACUCCAUAUGAGUAUUAAUCCUAUGGAUACAUAUUAAAACUAGUUAAUGUCUCAUACAACAUUGUGUGUGAGUGAGAGAAAUAUAAUAUUUACAACCUGA